AUGGCUUCUCAAGCAUCCGACAAGGAGGGCAAAAGCAUCUCCGCCUAUGGACCAGCUCGCUCCACCAUCCAAGGAAAAUGUCUUGAAAGCGAAGAGGUCCGCAAGAUGAAUGAGUAUUUCCGCGCAAGCUUGUAUCUCUGUCUCGGAAUGCUCUACCUUCGGGAUAACCCACUGUUGAAAGAGCCACUGAAGCUGGAACACCUCAAGGCACGCCUCUUGGGCCAUUGGGGAUCCGAUGCAGGGCAGUCCUUUACCUGGAUCCAUAUGAAUCGCCUGAUCAAGAAGUACGAUCUGGAUGUUCUCUUCAUCUCCGGACCGGGCCACGGUGCCCCGGGUAUUAUUUCCCAAUCCUAUCUUGAGGGGGUCUACUCGGAAGUCUAUCCCGACAAGAGUGAAGACGCGGAUGGCAUGAAGAAGUUCUUCAAGCAGUUCUCCUUCCCUGGAGGCAUCGGCAGCCACGCCACUCCAGAGACCCCCGGCAGCAUCCACGAGGGCGGCGAGCUGGGCUACUCCAUUUCACAUGCCUUUGGAACUGUGUUUGACAAUCCAAAUCUCAUCACGCUGACCAUGGUCGGUGACGGAGAGUCCGAGACUGGCCCGCUGGCAACCAGCUGGCACAGUACCAAAUUUUUGAACCCCUGCAUUGAUGGUGCGGUUCUGCCAGUCCUCCACCUCAAUGGAUACAAGAUCAACAACCCGACUAUCCUGGCCCGCAUCAGCCACGAAGAAUUGACCGCAUUGUUUUACGGUUAUGGCUGGAAGCCAUAUUUCGUGGAAGGCAGUGAUUUGGAGAGCAUGCAUCAGGCCAUGGCAGUCACUUUGGAGCAAUGCGUCAAGGAAAUCCGAGAGUACCAACAGCAAGCUCGUUCUUCGAAUAAGCCAUUCCGCCCUCGUUGGCCAAUGAUCGUGCUCCGAACGCCAAAGGGCUGGACAGCGCCCCGGGAGAUCGAUGGCAAGUUACUGGAAGGCUUUUGGCGGGCGCAUCAAAUUCCAAUCACCGAUGUACUCACCAACCCAGCUCAUCUGAAAGUCCUGGAAUCCUGGAUGAAGAGUUACAAGCCUGAGAAACUGUUUGAUGCAAAUGGAAAAUUGAUUCCUGAACUCAAAGAACUCGCUCCUGUUGGCAACUCUCGUAUGUCAGCCAACCCAGUCGGUAACGGAGGAGUCUUGCGGAAGCCUCUGAAUAUGACGGACUUCCGCGACUAUGCGUUGCGGGACAUUAUCCCCGGAAAAACUAUUAAGGGAGGCAUGGCCAAUAUGUCCAAGUUCCUUCGCGACGUUGUUGCCAAAAACAUGACCAAUUUCCGACUUUUCGGCCCCGAUGAGACAGAAUCAAACAAGCUCGCCGAGGUUUACAAGGCCGGCAAGAAAGUAUGGAUGGCGGACUACUUCGAGGAAGACAAAGAUGGCGGCAAUCUAUCUCCUCAGGGUCGAGUGAUGGAGAUGUUGAGCGAGCAUACUUGCGAGGGGUGGCUGGAAGGCUAUAUUCUUUCUGGUCGCCAUGGCCUCAUCAACAGCUACGAGCCCUUCGUUCACGUCAUUGAUUCCAUGGUCAAUCAACACUGCAAGUGGAUUGAGAAGUGUCUGGAAGUGGAAUGGCGAGCCAAGGUCGCCUCUCUGAAUAUCUUGAUUACUGCCACUGUCUGGCGUCAGGAUCACAAUGGAUUUACCCACCAGGACCCUGGUUUUCUCGACGUGGUGGCCAACAAAAGCCCGGAAGUUGUUCGAAUCUAUCUUCCUCCCGAUGGAAACACUCUUUUGUCGGUCAUGGAUCACUGCUUCCGCAGUGUCAACUACGUGAACGUCGUCGUUGCCGACAAGCAAGAUCAUAUUCAGUUCCUAAGCAUGGAAGACGCUAUUAAGCAUUGCACUAAAGGUUUGGGCAUCUGGGACUGGGCCAGCAAUGACCAAGGCGAGGAGCCCGAUAUUGUGAUGGCUUCUUGUGGCGAUGUCUCGACCCAUGAAGCACUAGCUGCCACCGCUCUUCUGCGUGAGUACCUACCAGCUCUCAAAGUGCGAUUUGUGAACGUGGUGGAUCUCUUCCGUUUGAUCUCCAAGAUCCAUCACCCCCACGGCAUGUCGGACCAGCGCUGGCGGGCGAUCUUCACCGACAACAAGCCUAUCCUGUUCAACUUCCACUCUUACCCUUGGCUCAUCCACCGAUUGACUUACCGACGACCUGGACAGCAGCAUCUGCAUGUCCGCGGCUACCGGGAGAAGGGCAACAUUGACACUCCGUUCGAACUGGCUCUCCGCAAUGGAACGGACCGAUACAGCCUUGCCAUCGAUGCGAUUGACCUGGUUCAGACUCUGGGCAAUACCGGAUCCAGUGUUCGGGAGAAGCUGGUCAACUUCCAGCUUGCAGGUAAAGCGGAAGCUUUCAACAACGGCGUUGACCCUGAGCACAUUCGUAACUGGACUUGGCCUCAUUCGAAUAAAACUGCCAUGUAA